UGUUCCUGAGGGGCAAACGGAACCCUUCAUACACACGUUUUGGGCGAAAUUAUGCUUUUGAAUGCACCAUCUUGAACUUUUGAUUUCCUGACGAGAGUCUGCUGAAAGAGUGUCUUUAGCUCCGGUCGCAGGUGUUCGGUGACCGAGGUUUUGCGACUCUUCAGUGGAUUCGUGCACCACAGAUCAACCGAAUCGCAGCAUUAGCCGUUUAUCCGUUCACGAGGAGUUUGCGCCGGACAUUUUUGGGUUAUGUGAUUAUUGUUGAAUCCUGGCUAACCUGUUGGAUACAUAAAGUAUUCAGGAUACCAAAUUAACCACUUAAGAAAAUUAAUCUAACCCUAUUUUAUCCAGAGCCCACCCGCCGGGUCCAAAUGGAUGAAGGCACGACCAACGCACACCGGUUUGGAUCUUAAAUGUCUCUUCAAGAAACGUCGAAUGCCGUGAGAAUCGGGUAGAUCGGGUAGAUAAUCCGUUUUGGAAACGCCAAAACAACGCGGGUUUAUAGGAGGUACCGACGCUGUACGCGGAUAAAUUAAAUCGGAUCAGUACUUCACCGGGAUCAAUAGAAAAGCAUCAUGGACCGGCUCGGGACACAGAAGAGCGGCUCGCGCUCAAUGGAGAUAUGUUUGUCCUACAAAUCCUUAAAUUUGGAGCAAAUCCGGUCCCUUUCCGCGCAGUUCUCUAACGGGAGCUUUGAGGGUACCGUGUUAUUAAGUGCUAGCUGUGAUGAGGGUAAAAGCUUUCCCCAAGCCCCGAGAAAUGAAAGUAAAGCGACCGGACGCAAAGUGGCGGACUCGGAGCUCAACUCUCCCGCGUCGCGGAUGAAUGAGAAUCGCCUUAUGAAUGCAGUGAAGCGGACCGCGCACUUUUCUCCGUUACUAACCUCGACAUCUGCCGGGGGUACAGAUUCCGGCUUAAGUGGGGUUCAAAGCGAUCUUACCAAAGGCAAAGUUAAAGGGAUUAUAGACCGCCGAGGAAAUAUAAAGAACGCGACGAUGAGGAGAGCGAGGUGCGGGAUGUGGGGUUGGAUAUUUGCCCUUGUGUUCUUCUGGAAUACCCACAUGUUGCGCGCCCAAGACGUCGCCCCUUACUUCAAAACAGAGGCUGGAGGUGCACAGACACACCUGGAGGGCAACAGACUCGUGCUCACCUGUUUGGCCGAGGGCAGCUGGCCGCUGGAGUUCAAGUGGAUCAGAAACACCACAGACAUCACAGAAUAUUCCCCUGAGUACAGGUAUAAGAUCGCAUCGUUAGAUCGCGAGGAUGCAGGCGUGUAUCAGUGCGUAGUGAGGAACAGGAUGGGAGCGCUGAUCCAAACCAGAGCCAAUGUUCGCGUGGCGUACAUGGAUAACUUCGCUGAACUGGAACAGAGAAAAACGAUCGCUCAGGGAAGAGCGGCCGUUCUGAAUCCUCCCGCUGUGGCUAGUUACCCACGCCCUCAGGUCACAUGGUUCAGAGAGGGCUACAAAAUCAUCCCUAACCAUCGGAUAGCAAUCACAUUGGACAAUCAGCUCGUAGUGUUGGGGACAACAGCAGCGGACGCAGGCCGGUAUUACGUGCAGGCUGUGAACGAACGCAAUGGAGAAAACAAAACCAGCCCUUCAAUUUAUCUGAGUAUAGCAAUAAACAAGAGGAGUCGUGGUUCUCUUGAUAGCAUUGCCCCCGCUGAAUUGGUUGCCCCGGUGAUCGUGAUUGCACCUAAGAACACAUCAGUGGUUGCUGGGGCGAACGAGGCUACUCUCGAGUGCGUCGCUAAUGCGAGGUCUCUUGACAGACUGCAGGUGUUCUGGAAGCGUAAUGGGGUGAGACUAACAACAGGAGUGGACUCGUUCGGUCGCAGGCUGGUCAUCAGUAACCCCACUUCAGCGGACACAGGACUGUAUGUGUGCGAGGCGGCUCUCAGAAACAGCAGCCAAAAAAGCACCGAGGCCAAAGCGUACCUGUCAGUCUUGGAGUCUCCAUAUUUCACGUCAAGGCCAAAAAGGACAGUGAUAACCGAAAUUGAGAAAAACAUUGAAUUUCAGUGUCAGGUCAAAGGGGUUCCCAUGCCAAAACUGGAGUGGUACAAAGAUGCUGUUCCUCUGUCUAAGCUGAACAACACUCGAUACAAGAUCACCGCGAUGAUUCUACAAGUGCAGAAAGUUCAGCCAGACGACACGGGAAUAUUCCAGUGCUUUGCAGAAAACACGGCCGGACAAGUCCAGGCAUUUACCAACUUGGUUGUCACAAGCGUGUCACCAACUUUCACCACUCCCCCUUCUGACAUCACCGUGACUGACGGAACGUUAGCCGUCUUCAGCUGCGAGACAUCCGGAGCCCCCAAACCUGCCAUUGUUUGGAGAAAAGGUUCUCAGGUGUUAGCGAGCGGAACGGUUCAGGUGCCUCGUUUCACUCUGCUGGAAUCUGGAGGGUUGCAGAUUCUACCCAUAAUGCUGAGCGAUGCCGGAAACUACACAUGCUCUGUGUCUAACACUGAGGGAUUAGUCAGCGGCACCGGAGCUCUGACCGUCCUGAGUCGAACCUUCGUUUCGACGGCCCCGGAUGAACAGCGCGUCAUCAAGGGAACCACCGCUGUCCUGAACUGUGCAGCAACCCAUGACCCAAGAGUCACAGUGAGGUACUCUUGGAAGAGAGGUAACCGCAUACUGAGCGUAUCGACUGGCGGUCGAGUGUCGAUGAAAGAAGGCUCCCUUCACAUCAGCCAGACGUGGUCCGGAGACAUCGGGGACUACACCUGCAGGGUCACCUCGCCAGCUGGAAACGACUCGAAAACCGCCCGUCUGGAAGUCAUAGAACUUCCCCAUUCGCCGCGUAACCUGCAGGUUGCACUUAAUGAGACGGACAGCAGAACAGUUCUUCUCUCGUGGGUUCGACCCUUUGAUGGAAACAGCCCUCUUCUGCAUUACAUCAUUGAACUCUCUGAGAACAAUUCGCCGUGGAAGGUUUACAUGGCUGACGUUAGCCCUUCUCUCACCAGUUUGUUAGUCAGUGGUCUGACACCAGCCAGGACAUAUCAGUUCAGAAUAUGUGCCGUCAAUCAGGUGGGACGUGGACAGUACAGCCCCGAGACAAACAGGCUGAUGUUGCGAGAGGAACCACCCAGCGCGCCUCCCAAAAACAUUGUGGCUAGUGGACGAACCAAUCAGAGCAUCAUGGUCCAGUGGCAGCCGCCCCCAGAGCUACAGCUCAAUGGAGUCCUCCGAGGAUAUGUGCUCAGAUAUAGAUUGGCGGGUUUGCCUGGUGAGUUUCAGCUGAAGAACAUCACCAGUGCAGAGAUUAAUUACUGUCUGAUUGGAGACCUCAUCAUCUGGACGCAGUAUGAGAUCCAAGUGGCUGCCUACACUGGAGCCGGUCUGGGGGUGUACAGCCAGUCUGUCACUGAGUACACACUGCAAGGAGUGCCUACAGCGCCCCCACAAGACUCGGAGGCUGUCGCUGUCAAUUCCACCACCAUCAAAUUCACCUGGACGCCACCACCUCAACAGUUCAUCAAUGGCAUUAACCAGGGGUACAAGCUGCUGGUGUGGCCAGAACACUGUCCGGAAUGCAUUACCAUGGUGACUAUUGCCCCUGAGUUCCACGGGUCACGUCACUAUGGUUACGUUACCGAUUUAAAGAAGUUCACAUGGUAUGAAACGGUGGUGCUUUGUUUCACCACGCCUGGCGACGGCCCAGCUAGCACGCCACAGCUUAUCCAGACGCACGCUGACAAACCUGGCCCGGUCUCUCACCUGAGCUUUACUGAGAUCCUGGACACAUCUCUGAAGAUUAGCUGGCAGGAACCCAAAGACAAGAAUGGCAUUAUCACAGGCUACGUCUUAUGUUGGGAGGAAGCCGGUGAAAACGAAACCCGCGUUAAGCAAACUCUAUCCAAUUCCACGCUGGUGUAUAAAGUAACCGGGCUGACCUCGCUAACCACGUACACACUGCAGGUGUCCGCAGUAACACAGGCCGGAACGGGAACGGCCACUUCGUCGACUAUCUCGACAGGACUUCCUCCAGAGCUUCCCGGGGCGCCGUCGAACCUGGUCAUCUCCAACAUAAGUCCUCGGUCUGCCACCAUCAGGUUCCACCCCGGCAGCGACGGCAAAACCGACAUCUCCAAAUGGAUCGUGGAAGGACAGGUGGGCACUACGGAGGAGUGGAAGGUCCUGUAUGAGAGAGACAAUCCACCAACCUCUGGAGACUCUCUGGAGAUUCCAAAUCUCAUCCCCUAUCAAUACAGGUUCAGGAUGAGGCAGGUGAAUGUGGUGGGUUCGAGUCCGUUCAGUCAGCCGUCGAGUGUUAUGCAGACCCUCCAGGCCAGUCCAGAUGUGGCCCCCGCAGAUCUCAGCGUGCUGUCCUCUACUGAAACCAGCCUGAGGAUUCGCUGGCAGCCACUUGCAGAAGCAGAUUACAAUGGAAAUCCGGAAAGCGUGGGCUACCGCGUACGUGCUCGGAGGUCGGACGGGCUCGGGCAGCCACGGAUGGAGACGGUUAAUGACCGUCAGUCUCGGGAGGUGACAGUUGAGGGUCUGGAGGAAUGGAUGGAGUAUGAGCUGAGCGUUCAGGCCUUCAAUGCCAUCGGCUCAGGACCCUGGAGCAGCCCAGUGCUAGGCAAAACUAAAGAAUCAGUUCCCUCUGGGGCUCCAGAAAACGUGAGCGCUGAAGCAAUGAGCUCUACAAGUGUACUGGUCACCUGGGGGUCGGUCCCUGAGCACCAGAAGAACGGCCACAUCCUUGGAUACAAGGUAUUAUACAAAGAGAAAGAUUUGGAGCAGGCUCCCCAGGUCAAGCCGGUGAACGGGAACCAGGUUCACUCUCUCCUUUUGCGGAACCUGAGUAAGUUCAUCCUGUAUGAAGUUCAGGUGCUUGCAUUCACACGUGUCGGAGAAGGACCACCCAGCAUCCCCCCCACAAUUGAGAGAACUAAGGACGACGUUCCUGGUCCACCUGUCAGGUUGAUGUUUCCAGAAGUGCGACUCACAUCUGUGAGGGUUGUCUGGCAGCCUCCUUCCGAGCCAAAUGGUAUUAUUAUGGGUUAUCAGAUUUCUUACCGACUGGAUGUCAAUGACCCCAACAAGUUCACCACGGUGGAGGUGGGGUCCAACGCGAGGCAGUUCACAGUAAGCGGUCUGAACCCAGAGUCUGCCUACGUGUUUCAAAUCCAGGCACGUACACAGCAGGGAUGGGGACCACCGGAUGAAGCCAUCGUCAUAACGACAGAGAAAAGAGAACGGCCUCAGCCGACUCGCCGACUGACCACACCGCAGAAAGGGGUGGAGUCCCGUAAGCUUCGUCUUCAGUGGACAGCGGGCGGAGAUGGCUCGUCCCCCGUGCGCUACUAUACCCUGCAGACAUUAGAGCUGCCGGAUGGAGAAUGGAAGACCCACACGUCCUCAAUCGGUCAUAACAACACCUCCUGGGAUGUGGAUAGGUUGAAACCGUACACCUCUUACAAAUUUAGAAUGAUGGCCACAAAUGAUGUGGGUGAAAGCGCCUUCAGCAAGGAAACCGAGCCGGUUACCACGCUGCAAGAUGAACCGGGUGAAGCUCCUACUAUUUUGCAUGUCAAACCGUCCACAACAACAUCCGUGAUCGUCCAGUGGCAGCCGCCUCAGGAGGGGACUGUGAAUGGGAUUCUUGUAGGAUAUCGCGUGUAUUAUCGCGAGCUUCCGCACGAACACGCCACUGCUGAACCGAAAACAGCAACCAACCAAUCAACAUUGAGUCCUGAGUUCAGAGCCAGGAGCACUUUUAAGACAGUGAGCAGCCCUUCAUUAACGGAAUUUGAAUUAACUCAGCUCACCAAGUACCGGCGCUAUGAGAUUGUCAUGACGGCAUUUAAUGUUGUUGGAGAGAGUCCCUUAAGUGCACCUGUUGAGCUGUUUGUUGGAGAAGCCGCUCCUUCAGUAGCCCCUCAGAACAUCCAAGUGAAAGCUGUUUCCUCCUCUCAGCUGGACGUCGAGUGGCAGCCUCCGCCUGUAGAGACACAGAACGGGAAUAUUCAUGGAUACAAGAUUCACUACUGGGAAAAGGACAACCAGAAUGACACAGAGAAGGAGCUUGUUUUGUUCAUUCCCGAGACGUCUGUGCACCUGAAGAACCUGACGUCGUACACCACCUACCACAUUCAACUGUCUGCAUUUAACGCAGCGGGGGACGGCCCACUCAGCGCUGCCCGUAAAGGACGAACGCUGCAGGCUGCUCCUGGGCCACCCAGUCAUGUUCUGUUCUCAGAGGUAACAGGGAGCUCAUUGAAUGUGUCGUGGGGAGGACCUCUUCAGCCCAAUGGAGUGCUUGAAGGGUACAGAGUCAUCUACGAGCCCACGGCACCCGUUCAUGGUGUCAGUAAGAUUGUUACGGUGGACAUUAAAGGCAACUGGCAGCGCUGGCUGAAGGUUCGAGACCUGAUGAGUGGCGUGAUCUAUCGCUUCAAGGUCCAGGCUCGAACCAUCACUUACGGACCUGAGCUGGAGGCCAAUGUUACCGCCGGACCAGUAGAAGGCUCGCCUGGGUCUCCCUUGCAGACUUCAAUCACAAAAUCAGCAUCAGCUCUGACGCUUCAUUGGUCAGAGGGUGCUGAAGGGGUGGGACCUGUCACGGGAUACGUCAUUGAAUCACGUCCAUCAGAUGAAGGAUUAUGGGAUACAUUCGUCAAACAUCUCCCACCUGGAAGCUUCUCGUACACCAUUAGUCUGGACCGCCUACGUUCAGGUGUGGCCUACGAGUUCCGUGUCAUCGCCGUCAACCGUUUCGGCUACGGGGAUCCCAGUCCGCCUUCCACUGCCAUGUCUGCUCUGUCUGAAACGCCUUUCUAUGAGGAAUGGUGGUUCCUGGUCGUCAUGGCGCUGAUCAGCCUCAUUCUGAUUCUGAUGGUUGUGUUUGGUUUGCUGCUGCUGGGACAAAACAAGAAGUACAGGAGCUGUGGUACAGGAAAGCAUAUCUCCACUGUAGAAGAGGCCGUAACCCUCGAUAAUGGCGGUUUCACAGCAUUAGAGUUAAACAGCAGACAUCUGAAUGUGAAAAGCACUUUCCUCAAGAAGAAUGGAACGAGGUCACCCCCACGGCCAAGCCCAGGUGGUCUGCACUACUCAGAUGAAGACAUCUGUAAUAACUACAAUGGGGCGGUUUUAACGGAGAGCACCACCCUCACAGAGAAACCCACAGAUCUCUCUGAGUCAGAGGUGAGCGACAGUGACUACGAGGACGAUCAUCCCAAGCACUCGUUCGUCAAUCACUACAUGAGCGACCCCACCUAUUACAACUCAUGGAAGCGGCAGCCCAAAGGCCUGAAAACCGGUGGAGGCUUGGAAGACUGUACCCCGACAGACGCGGAGGGGGGUUAUUAUCAGACUGUGGUGACCCAGCACAGCGUAGGGGGCGUCUACACCCCCACAGGACAGCCCGCACCGGGAACACGCACCCCAGUGACUGGCUUCUCAUCGUUUGUCUGAUUAACUUACGAGAUCAAGUCAAAAGCAAGCUGGAGGCUGACAAACAGGACCCUUAACGGGACGAGUCGCAUUGUCUCGGAGCAUCAAAGAAACUGAAUGUGUUUUCCCAGAGACGAUUAUCCUCUAAUUACCCGAAAUGUGUAUGUUAGAUCUCCUCUCUUCAAAGAAGGGAAGGUAUUAAAGUAUCUCAUUGUUAAUGUGUUAAUCAUUUCUGGGUGGAUUUUGGAAGAUUAACCGCGACCCAACGGGCGCGGAGACUUUACACUGUGAGACUCUUUAGCAGGAUACUCAUUUCUCAAAGACUCAAAGAACCACAACGGAGGCCGGAUAUUCCUUUGUUCUGAAAUCCCGCUCUGUAGCAACUCCGCGGGAUUAGUCGUAAUAUUUGGGCAAACACACGCUUGAGUGAUUCAGCGAAUAACUUUCUCUCCUCCCUGAUCCCCGAAACUCUAUUUGAAGAUCGCCGAAAAUCUGAGUUGUACAGUGUGUUAGAUUGGAAUAACUUGUUUGUGUGUGUUUUUGUGUCGAAGAUGGGUGAAAGAAGCACUGAAAAAACUGCCUUUGCACAUGUAUGGCUCUCUUAAACCAAAAGGGUGAUGCUUUAUCCAGAAAGAAAAUGUGACCCUGCCUGUGAAGACCCAGCUCAAGGCAUUUUUUGUGAUUCACUGUUUUCUACAUCAAAUCAUCCUGAAAGAUAUAAGUGAAAAUAUAACCUUGAUAUCUUUAGUAUUGACUAAGUGAGGCCAUGUCAAAUAUGAAAUCAAGGGAAAUGAAUAGUUGAUAUCAAACUUUGAGGCUCAGUACGUCAGAAUUAGAUUUUGUGACUUUAGUCUGUUUUUCUCAGGCCGGGUCACAAAGGUGCGCUCACAACAGAUGUUUUCUUAGGUUAGCAAUACUGUAAAUGAUGCUGGAUGUGUGUAUAUUUUUAGGAUCACUUUUGUACGAACGACGUUUUUACUGUAGUGCAGGUUUGUGCCAAGUCGACGUAGUUCUUUAGUGACGUUCAUUUCUGCAAGUCACAAUCACGCUGUUUGUUUGACUGGCUUGCUGUGUGUGUACAAUCCAGUCACCCAGAGAGUUGAUAAGAAAUCCAAAUAUACACCGAUUUUUCAUCUCAUUUGAUGUUGAAUAUUUAU